GCCGAUGAUGCGAGGGCGGUGAAGGAAGUUCGAGAGCUGACGUCGGGCGCCGGAGGAGGGAAGCUCCCGGCUUUGCGAGGCGGUGGGCGGCUGGUCUCGGAGCGCUCUCGUCCCCCCUCCGUCCGAAGCGAUGAAUUCGCUGGAACAGGCGGAAGAUCUCAAGGCUUUUGAAAGAAGGCUAACUGAAUACAUAGCUUGUUUACAACCAGCUACUGGACGCUGGAGAAUAAUUCUUAUAGUGGUAUCAGUCUGUACAGCCACUGGUGCUUGGAACUGGUUAAUAGAUCCUGAAACACAGAAGGUAUCUUUUUUCACAUCUCUAUGGAAUCAUCCAUUCUUCACCAUUAGCUGUAUUACAUUAAUUGGUUUAUUUUUUGCUGGAAUACAUAAAAGAGUAGUGGCGCCCUCAAUCAUAGCUGCUCGAUGUCGAACUGUUUUGGCAGAAUACAACAUGUCGUGCGAUGACACUGGAAAAUUAAUCUUGAAACCUCGGCUCCAUGUCCAAUAACCCGUUGCUUUUGUGUGGAAUUACACAUACUGAUGUUGUAGAGGAUUGUGGAAUUACACAUACAGAUUUUGUUUCUUCAGUUCAACAAGGCCAAAUAUUAGGACCGAGAAACAGGUUUGUCUUCAAUGUGGGAAUGGAACAAGGGCAAAACAUCUGGCGUCCCCCAAUCUUUUGUGUUGUCAGUUUCUUCUAGGACAGUAUUACUGUGUCCUCAUCUCUAAUGGCGAGGUGGCACCGAGGCAGCCUCUCCGAGACUCGUCCGCUAUUACAAUGCGCAAAUAAUUGUAAAUAGAAAACGGUUACAGUAUUUGUACUGCCAUCUGCCGCCACCGUUUUUUAAUCAGUGCGUGUGUUUGUUGAUCGCGAAGCCUUUACCCUCUUCCACGUCUGCGGCACCUGAUUUGUUGACAUGUCACAUCCCGAGGUCAUCCCGGUUUAUCCCAUGGACGAGAGAGGGUUGACAUGUUGCCUAACGUUUUGCAAUGGGGUCCUUCUGACGGCAGCAGCUUCAGUCGCCUGGAACUUACCAGCGGAACAUUUAAGAGUAGCAUCCAGGUCACCAUGUUGGGUUAGCUGCUUCCCACAACUCUGCAGAGACUGUACGGUGUAAACUUGGUUUCCUUUCUGGCUCUCGUUUGGAUCCAGAACAUGGGGGGGGGAGAGUCUUCAGGGUCCCAUUUUGCAUUUUCUUGCUAGUAAUUAUAAAGGUUUGGCCUUUGCAAAUUGGAGAAGCCAGAGGAACAUCCCAGACAAAUACUUGGCCCGGAUGAACAAGCUCGUUUUUUUUAGUCCUAGUUUUUCGCUCUGUGCCACCUUUGGCCUGCUCUAUUAUCCACUAGCUUGCGGUUUUUUAAGCUCUUCCUCUCCCAAGUUAUCCUUUUUCUCUGCCUAAAAACAAGGUAUUGUAUUUGAAAUUAACAUUGGGAGAGUUCUGCCAUGAAAUUAGUAUUGCUGGAUGUGACGAAAUGUUCUUCAUAUUACUUGACGGAAAGAAGUGCCAGAAAUUAACCAAACCAUCUUGUUGCUCUUUUGGCUUUUGUUUUAGCCUGGUGCAUGCUGGAUGCCCUCAACUGACCUAACGCAAUUGAAGGAUUGGGAAGUAGGCUUGUAGGCCUUGUAUUGUACACCCACAACAACCAAACUGAGCUUGGGGGUAGCUAGGUGAGACUGCAAAUGUUUGAGUAGGUGAAAGCAUCAGCAUCUUGGAAACCUUACGAGAUGCUAUCAAACCAUAGUACUAGGUGUAGAUCAUGGCUUAGGUUAGUAGAAGUACUGGAGACAUGAAGCUUUCACUUUGGUGUUGGAAGUGGUCUCUUUGGCUGUAUUUUUCACCAAAAAUACCUGCUUAAGGAAAAUGUCUUGAGCCAUGAGGUCAGAUUCUAGACUGUUUAAGUGACUCUGGUGUUUCUCCAUAUGGGAAAUUUCUUUAAACUUUUUUUUUACAAACCACUUCCAGCCAUUUUAAUUACCCUUGUUACACAGAAGUGUUAAAGUAAAAAAAAAAAAAGUGACUUACAGUCACAGUGUGACUUUUAAAAUACUGACCCAGGAAUUUAGUUUUAAAUCUUUGCGCCUUUUUUUUAAAUGUACAAACUAUUUUAAUAAGCGCAUUGCUCUUUAAGACACAACUGAGACCAAAGGGAACCUUAACUGUGCAAGAAGUUGUAGAAAAAGAAAUCUCUUGGAUUAAUAAAUGCACCUCAAAGUUUGAUUUUUCUUCUUUUGCUCUUGAAGUGUCUUCUCUAUUCCUUACGUCCCCGUGGUUUUUAAGCAGCUGUACAUUUUUGUAGGAAUUGCAUUUUAAAUAAAUAUUUUAUUGUUUGAUCUUUUAAAAAAAAAA